AUAUACAUGGCUAGAUCGAGCUAGCAUCGUCUGAGUAAUUUGCUAGCUUUGGUAGAUAUAUAGACGACAUACAACUUAACGAUGAGUAACAAUGAUACCCUUAGUGGGCGUCUCAUGGUACGCUUCUGCGACCCUGAAAUCGACACGUACGUGAAUAACAUGACCAAGACGUACACGGACACGGGAAAUGAGGCGUCCAUGGUGGCCGCCUCCGUCAUCAUGUUCGUCCUCGCCGGCCUCUUCUUCAACCUCAACCUCUUCAGCCGCUUCUCCGACGUCAGCGCCAUCCUCGACCCCAAGGUCCGCCUCUUCCUCACCUCCGGCCUCUCCCUCUUCCUCCCCGUCAUGUCCUACCUCUUCUCCGAGGCCAAGAACGCCGGUGCCAUGGCAGCUUUGCCCGGCCGGAAGCCUGACCUCUCGCUCCACGCCGGCAUGAUCCUGGUGUGGAUGCUGCUCGUGGAGCUCCUCCGAAAGAAGGUCGAUGAGGUCCGCAUGCGCGGCUACUCCGGCACCAUCCAGCGUGCUGGUCGUGUCGUGUGGCUCGGCAGCCUUGUCUUCUUCAACAUCCGCAACGUUGGACGGAAGGCCGUGUUCGGCAUCCUUUGGGUCCUCUGCGCCACCAAAGUGGUGCAGCGGAUCGCAUUCACCGAGGUCGGCAAGCGCUCCUAUGCGUGCGGCAAGAACUCCCGCCUCGUGUCCUCCUACAUGUCUCAAAUACUCCUGCAAAGUCCUAGACGACAGGAUGACCGGCAAGAGGCGCCAUCAACGUCCAUAGUAGAUGUCGAGCAAGAGGCCGGCAAUGGCGAUGCUGGUGAUGACCUGUUGAAGAGGUCCAAGUUCCUCGUGAUGGGAGAAGAAGACUUGGUUAUCGAACCAACCGCUGAUGGCUACAAGCUGAAGGAGAUCACCCAAGAUGACACCGUCGUCACCGUCGGCAAGAUCUGGAGCCAUGGGGCAACCGGCAUCGAGCAAGCUAAUCGGAUCAAAAGGUUGUGCCUCUCCUUCGCGCUAUUCAAGCUUCUGCGGCAAAGGUUCGAGCACCUGCCUCCGGUGACCAAGGAGGAGACCAAGGAGUGCCGCGACCUCAUCUUCAAAGGUGUCUACAACGACAAGGAGGACAAUGCAGAGGCAGUGUUCCAGAUGAUGAACGAUGAGGUGAACUUCCUCUGCGAGUACUACCACUCCGUCAUCCCUGUCGUCCUCGCGAGCCCUUUCUUCUGCCUUGCCAACUACUUCCUACUCCCCCUGGUGGUGCUCGGUCUCUGCAUUAUGACCGUCGUGCUCUGCGGCCAGGGGGAUGCGCGCUACGCGUUUCAAAGCAUCAAGAAGGACAACUACGCCAUGUCAUCUGGCAUCGUCAACACCACACUAUGCCUCCUCGUCAAGGCCAUCCACCGGCCGCAAGCCUUCUUCACGGCGAUCGACUUCUUCAUCACCAUGCUCCUCUUCGUCAUCUUGUUCUAUGAGGAGAUAUGGGAGUUCCUAGUCUUCCUCCUCUCCAACUGGUUCAUGGUGUCGCUGAUCUGUAACUACGUGGCCAAGCCUCGGUGGCAGAGGAGCCCGACGUUUAAAGGCUCCAUCCACCGCAUCCUGUGGGUGCGAGGAAAGAUGAGCCAACCUGCCUUGACCUUCAAGCAGUUCUCCAUCUUGGGUCUUCGAUGGCCGCUCGUCCUUGGCAUCCCUCCCAUGUUUUCUCUGCUUCUGCAAACGGUGCACGUGCCCAAUAAAGCCAAGCAUUCAAUCAUCAAAUCCCUCAUGGCGCACAGCAGCCAAAACGGCAACAACCCUCUCAACAACGGCAAGUCAGUGCUUGCGAGGACAGGCCGAAACUAUCUCUUGCCGGCGUGCAGGAGCGAGAGCAUCGCCGAAGUCAUCCUCACCUGGCACAUAGCCACUACCCUCAUGGAAGCCAAGUGCCCUCCUGGCAACGGCAAGCAGAUGAAGGGGUCCGCCACGGUGGCGACGAGGCUAUCCAGGUACUGCGCCUACCUGGUGGCCUUCCACCCGGACCUCCUCCCGGACAACCAAGAAAAGACGGAGCGCGUCUUCGAGGCCGCCAAGGCGGAGCUCAAGGGCAGGCUUGGCUGCGGAAACUACUUCCUCUCUUGUUGGGGCAUGAGGGUUGAUAGCGUCGCAGCAGCGGCGGUGGCAGGGGAUGAGUGGAAGGACGGCGAGGUGGUGCACAACGGCGCGAAGCUGGGGAAUAUGUUAAGGGGAGAAGCCACAAGGGAUGGAGGUAGCCAGCUGGAGACGACGUGGAAGCUUCUUGCCGACGUGUGGACGGAGCUCGUUGUGUACCUGGCGCCGUCGAGCGACGAGGAGCACGUGAUGGGACACGAGAGUGUGCUGGUGCAGGGCGGCGAGUUCAUCACCGUGCUCUGGGCUCUCACCACCCACACCGGCAUCAGCAGGACGUAAUUGUAGCACUCCGUUUGCCUUUGCUAACUUGUUUUCAUGACGUGUGUGUAAGUUUUUUGUUUUUGUUUUUUGCAUAUCUGGCUUCACGACUUUUAAAUCUUACGUCUUCUUUUUAUAGCUCUUUUUAUAGCGCUUAAAGCUUUGGUUGGCUGUGUGGUUCCUGGGGUAUGCUUGCAUGUAAUUUUUUAUUGAGGGAUUGACUAUUUGUAAGUUUAUUUGAAAUAAAAUAGAUCUUGGUUGCCAAGCAUCA